CUCCACCAAAAGGGAAUCCCCCAAGCCCAAGGUCAGAUCUAAGCUUAGCAUACGCCCAAGCCACAAGCUCAUCCAUUCUACCAAAAUCCACCGCAGCAGCAGCAGUCAGAUCGGUCGAGGUAGCAGCCGCAGCAAUGGUGGGGCUGGUGGUAGGCGCGUCGGUGGCCACCAUGAAUUCCCUGCUGAGCAAGCUGGGCAGCCUGCUGGCGCAUGAGUACGCGCUCAUCAGCGGCGUCCGCGAAGACAUCCAGUACAUCAACGACGAGAUGGCCAGCAUGCAGGCCUUCCUCGGCGACCUCAGCAACACCAGCGCCGCCGUCGCCCGGGGCCAUGACCGCCGGAUGAAGGACUGGAUGAAGCAGAUCCGCGACGUCACGUACGACGUCGAGGACUGCGUCGACGACUUCGCGCACCGCCUCGCCCACGACCCCGGCGGCGGCGGCGGCGGCGGCGGCGGCGGCGACGUCUGCUGCGUCUUCCUCUCCACCACCGCCUACCAGGUCUGGACCUGGCGGCCCCGUCGCAGCAUCGCUUUGGCUAUCGUGAAGCUCAAGGUCCGCACGCAGCAGAUCGGGGAGCGGCGGGUCAGGUACGGCGUAGAGAACCCCACGAGCGGGGACGGCGAACCUCCCGCCGGGUUCAAGCCCGGCGACUACCAGGACCCACCCCUUGAGCUCAUUGGCACCAAGAAGCCCAUUGGAAUGGAAGAAGAGAUGAAGGAUCUCGGUAAGUGGCUGCAGCUACCUCCAUCCUCCCAUGAUGCCUCCUCCUCCUCCUCCUCAGAUCCUGCAUCCCAAUCCCAUCAGAAGCGUGCUGUGCUGUCCAUUGUCGGAUUUGGAGGGGUAGGCAAGACGACCAUCGCCACGGCGCUGUACCAGGAAUACGGCGUUCAAUUUGAGCGCCGGGCCACGGUCACGGUGUCGCAGAGUUCUGACAUUGAUGCGAUACUGCGGAUCAUACUCAGUCAAGUCAUGCCGCAGUCCAAAGAUGAUAUCGAGCAGCAAGGCGGCGGCAGCAGCAGCAGCAGUGGCGGCCCCUCACAGAAGAAGCGCCUCAUGGUUGCCAUUGGAGCAGUAUCGGCCCGUAUCAUGCGCAAGGACCGCAAGGACAGCGAGAAGCAAGGUGGCAGCACGUCCCAGACAACCAAAGAUCUCAGGCAGCAAUUGGAGACGCACUUGGAGGAACACAGUUUCUUGCUCUUAGUUGAUGAUGUGUGGUCUACAACAAUGUGGGAGAAGAUAAAUUGCUCACUUCCUAGAAGGGAGAAAGGCAGUAGUAGAGUAAUAGUUACCACACGGUUUCCAGCUGUUGCCAGUGCAUGCACAAGAGAUAAAGGAGAUCAUAUUCAUCAAGUAGUGGAACUUAGAGGGGACAAGCCUAAAAAACUAUUCAUGAAGGAAUUUGUAGUUAUCAAGGACAAGCAUAAAGAAUCACUCAUGACCGGAUCUGAAAUUAGCAAGGACAAGCCUAAAGAAAGCCAGGAGAAAAUUCCAUCCAGACUCUGGCAAAUGUGCGGGGGUCUGCCAUUGGCCAUAGUUACCAUGGCUGGGCACGUUGCCUGCAAUCCAGAAAAAGAGCUGAAUGAAUGGGAUGAGGUUUGUAGUAAACUGGUGCCACCCUCCGGGAAAGCUCUUGGCCAGGAUGGAGUUACUAGGAUACUCAGUCACUGCUACAAUGAUAUGCCUGAUGAGAUCAAGACUUGCUCCUUGUAUCUAUGCAUAUUUCCAAAGGGCCGCAAGGUCAGCAGGAAGCGGCUGACGAGGCGAUGGCUGGCAGAAAGAUUUGUCAGUGAGAAGGAUGGGCUGAGUGCUGAAGAUGUUGCAGAGGCAUAUUUCAAUCAUCUUGUGAGGAGGAAGAUCAUACGGGUUGCGGAGCACAGCAGCAACGGCAAGGCAAAGAGCUACCAAGUGCACGACAUGGUUCUCGAGUACAUCGUAUCCAAGGCAAGUGAGGAAAACUUCGUCACCGUGGUCGGUGGCCACUGGCUCAUGGCGCCACCUAGCAGCAAAGUCCGCCGUCUGUCCCUCCAAGGCAGUGACUCAAAACACAAGAAAACAACUGAGAGCAUGAACUUAUCUCAUGUCCGAUCUCUGACCAUAUUUGGGAGCUUGACCCAACUGCCUUCUAAUUCACUGAAGUUUGGAAUUGUGCAAGUACUAGACCUCGAAGGUUGCAAGGAUUUCAGACCGCAUCAUGCCCAGGAGAUAUGCAAGCUGCUUCUACUCAAGUACCUAAGCCUUCGAAGGACAGACGUCGACAAGAUUCCCAAAGAUAUUGGAAAGCUCCAGUAUCUAGAGACUCUUGACAUAAGAGAGACCAAUGUCACAGAGCUUCCAAACAGUGUAUGGCAGCUUGAACGAGUGGUGAACAUACUUGGUGGAAACAAAAGAACACGGAAGGCACUAAAGCUUCCAGGGGAUCUGAAGAAGGAAACGAUGAAAAACAUGCGCAUACUGUCAGGUAUUGAGAUUGUGGAGGGACCAGCUGGUGCAGUGGCAGACUUUCAUCAUCUGACAGAUCUGAGGAAACUCGCCAUUUACAAGCUCAACAUCAAGAAGGGUGGUAAGCUUUUUGAAGAACUGAGGUCCUUGAUAGAGUACGUUGGUGGCUAUUCUCUCCACACCCUGGUGAUUGAUGACGAGUCGUCUGAGUUUCUGAAAUCACUUGGUGCUCUCUCUUCCCCCCCAAAGUUUCUCAAUGCUCUCGAGCUGUCCGGCAAGCUGGUUGAGCUCCCACAAUGGAUCACAGAGCUGGAAGCUCUCACGAAGCUGACCCUCUCGGUGACGGUGCUCACUGUUGAUGCUUUGCACCAGCUGAGCAAGCUCAAGAAGUUGUUCUCACUCACAUUUUCACUUAAUGCCACAACGCUGGACCUAGAAAGAAGCACCACCAUUGAGGAGAACAAAGAGCAAUCUGAUGAGGAGAUCAUAGUUCUGGAAGGUGGAUUCGAGAAUCUCCAGCUUCUUCGCUUCUUGACUCCUUCUGUUCCGCUGAUAAGUUUUCCAGAUUCAUUGCCGAAGCUUCAAAGGCUUGAGCUGCGGUUCAGCACGUUUGAGGGAUUGUAUGGCUUAGAAAACCUUAAAAGCCUCAAAGAGGUGCACCUCAGGGUGCAUGACAAAGCAGGCGAGUUUACCAAGGCGUUAGUAGAAGAUAUGAAAACUGCGGCCAGGGAAGAUGACAAGCAUCCCAGAAUAAUUGUUGAUGAGUAUCAUGAGUGAGAGUAACUGAGAAGUUGACAUUCAUUUUUAUCCUUAUUUCGUCUGGUUGUAAGCGAUAUUCUGUCCUGUUGUUCUAGUCCGUGUGCAAGAUGAAGAUACUACUAUUUGCUUAUAUCUGGUUGUAACACCUGUAAGAAAUAUUCUGUUGUGUUAUUCUAGUCCUUGUGCAAGAUCAAGGCACUAUUUCAUUUGUGUAAUUCUUCUAAGAAAUAUUAUAGACAGGAAGUUAUAUGUCAAAUACAUCUAUAAGGUAUA